AUGGCAGGCAAAGGGAAAUCAAGUGCAAUUAUGCGAGCAGUUCGUGAAGAGGCUGAACAUCAAGAGCGCGAGCGCGAGCGCAUGACUAUGUCUACACGACAUACUCCGCUGUUGUUUGCAUUCGUGGAGCGGUGGCAGCCGGAGACGAACAGCUUCCAUAUGCCGUGGGGAGAGAUGACUAUCACUCUCCACGAUGUCCAGAUGAUUCUAGGUGCCAAUGUGGAGGGACGGGUGGCCGCGCCUAGGUACGACGAGGUCAUCGAGCGGACAAACUGCGUGUAUUUGCUGUCCGAGGCCUUAAACCUCGAGUUUGAGGAGAUUGACGAGUCAUGGAAGCAUGGGGGCCCCACAUGGAGGAUGUUACAGGGACAGUUGUUGAUGCCCGACACGCCCAUGAGACGCCGAGUUCAGAUAUACCUGGUGUUUCUCCUCGGAUCUAUUUUAUUCCCCGACAAGACAUGUGAUCGAGUGAAACUGUGGUAUAUGCACGUGCUCGAGGAUUCAGUGCUUGAUCAGGUCGGCACGUAUUCGUGGGGUUCGGCCUGUUUGGCCAAUCUAUACAGAAAGUUGGGUAUAUGCAGUCGAGCACAGUCGAGGGGCUUGGCGGGUUGCACCACCCUUCUUCAGUGCUGGAUAUACGAGUAUUUCCCGAGAUUCCAGUCGCCGGAGGAGAGCGAGCGCUACCGUGAGUUUCAGCCUCGAUGCAAGAGGUGGAACGCGCCGCCAAAAGCGGGCACGCUCGAGCAUAUUCGAGGUUUACUCGACAAUAUGACAGCGGAUGAUGUCGAGUGGCUACCGUAUGGUCGGGAUAUACACGAGAGUAUCCCUCGUACGUUGUAUCAUGGCACGAUCCAGUACAUGUGGGUCGUAGAGCCGUAUAUGCCUGAUCGUUGCGUCCGACAGUUCGGGUGGGUUCAUGAUAUACCGCGCGGCUUGAUUCCAUCAAUGGAGCCAUGUUCACGCGGUCCCAAAGGAGGCUCAUUCCAUUUGUGCCAACGCAUACAGGACGGCACGACAACGGGGGAAGUCGACGAGCACUACAUGGAGUGGUACACCGAUCGGACCCAUCCGAAGAUCAACAACCCCGACGUAGGCCCGACUCCAGUGCAUCGAGAGAAUGUGAGGCCACCAGAUCAGCCGGCUUAUUACGAGAUAGUACGUGCACUGUACCCAAUCACCAGGAGCACUGGACAGGACAGGAUGCAGCAGUUUGCCGAUCUACGUGCCAAUCUUGGAGAUAUUAUGCAGCCCGCCGCCCGGUAG